UCCAGUUUAGGGUGUGGGUCCUGGGUCGCAGAUUUGAGGGGGCCCCAGGAGUCUCGAGUCUGGCUUUAGUGGGCCAUUAUUUGUGGGAAGAAGUGAGAACUGGCUUAUACCAGACACAAGUCACUUGGAAAGUGCGGCUCCUCGCCUGAAGGUGUCAGCCGCGUGAAGAGCUCUUAAGGCGGCGAUCGCUGCUUGUGGCCUGUGGCGGUGAUGCUGCCUGACCCACUCUGACCAUGUGGACUGCGGAUGAGAUUGCUCAGCUGUGCUAUGAACACUAUCGCAUCAAGCUGCCCAAGCAGGGGAAACCUGAGCCAAACCGAGAAUGGACUUUAUUGGCAGCCGUAGUGAAGAUCCAGUCAUCUGCCCAGGACUGUGACACUUCUGAUAAGGCAGUACAAGUGACAAAGGAAGUCGUCUCAAUGGGAACAGGAACAAAAUGCAUAGGCCAGUCGAAAAUGCGGAAGAGCGGAGAUGUCCUCAAUGACAGCCAUGCUGAAGUCAUAGCCAGAAGAAGUUUCCAAAGGUACCUUUGUCAUCAGCUCCAAUUGGCAGCCACUCUAAAAGAGGAUAGUAUCUUUGUCCUGGGAACUCAAAAAGGACAGUGGAAACUCAGACCAGGCAUCUCUUUUGUGUUUUUCUCCAGCCACACACCCUGUGGGGAUGCCUCCAUCAUCCCAAUGCUGGGGUUUGAAGAGCAGCCUUGCUACCCUAUCAGCAGAGACUGGGUCACAAACUCACCUGUAGAAGCCAGUGGUAACCUAAAGACUCCUGAAAAGAAAAAGAAUUGUGAAGACCCUGACAGUCCCGUAACCAAAAGGAUGAGGCUUGGUACUCCUGCCAGGUUGGUCGCCAACGGAGCUGCUCAUCGUGACAAGCAAGGCGGUGACCCAGUCGCACCAGAUGUCAGCAGCCCUAACGUCCCUUUAGAGGAACUGGCUUCUGUCUCUGGAGUAGCCCCCUGUAGUAUGAAAGUGGUGGACGUUUAUAGAACUGGAGCCAAGUGUGUGCCCGGAGACGCUGGAGACCCUAGAAAGCCGGGGGCCGCAUAUCACCAAGUGGGGCUGCUCCGAGUGAAGCCAGGCCGGGGAGACAGGACUUGCUCCAUGUCCUGCAGUGACAAGGUGGCCCGAUGGAAUGUUCUCGGCUGCCAAGGUGCACUGUUGAUGCAUUUCCUGGAAGAGCCCAUUUACCUGUCUGCUGUGGUCAUCGGGAAGUGCCCAUACAGUCAGGAAGCCAUGCACAGAGCACUGAUUGGGAGGUGUCAGAACAUCUCCGCUUUACCCAAAGGCUUUGGAGUUCAAGAACUGAAAAUACAGCAGUCAUCUUUAUUGUUCGAACAGAGCUGCUGUGCAGUGCAGGCACAAAGGGCUGAUAGUCCCGGUCGACUUGUUCCCUGUGGGGCAGCCAUCAGCUGGAGUGCAGUUCCUGAGCAGCCGCUGGAUGUAACUGCCAAUGGUUUCCCACAGGGAACGACGAAGAAAAGCAUUGGAAGCCUGCAGGCCAGGUCCCGAGUCAGCAAAGUGGAGCUCUUCAGAUCAUUCCAGAAGCUGCUAAGCAGCAUUGCAGAGGACAUGUGGCCAAACUCCCUCAGGGUGCAGAAGCUACACACCUACCAGGAAUAUAAACAAGCUGCCUCUACUUACCAGGAAGCCUGGAGUGCACUCCGGAAGCAGGCAUUUGGAUCCUGGAUCCGAAACCCCUCGGACUAUCACCAGUUUGAAUGAACAGGAAAGGUUUUUAGAAGGUUUCCUGGUAGACCCAAACCAGAUCUUUCAUUUUGAACUGCCUUUUCCUUCACACUGGAUGAGCCUUAGCUUUUCUAGUGGCUAAAUCUGGAAAAAGAAGAAAGAAAAAGGCCUCCCGGGACACAUUAUCACUUUGGUGUAUAUAGAUGCAAUCUGGGACACAGCUCGCUGCUAAAAUGGCAUCUCACGAAAUGGCCUUGGAAUCUGACUUAAGUCACGUUUUACUGUUUCUCUAAGAUACAAAAUCAGAGUUUGGAACAUGUUGCUUCAAAAGCACUGUGCACCAUCUCUGGUUAUGUGUUCCUGUAUGGUUCAGCAGACAAUCAUUGGUCUCCAGAGAUCUGGGGAUCUGUGCAAACUCUGCAGCGUCACCUGGCAUCGUGUGCCUAAACAGUAUUUUGUUUCCCCAGCCUGUCUACCUCGGGAGCCAUGAUAACUGCAAUCUUCAGCUGUCGGACUUGCUCACAGCUGCCUUUACUCCCUGGCUCAGGAUGCAACUGAGCCAGCCCUGGACGGCCCUGUUCUCAGAACUAUCAAGACGUAUCUCUCUCAAUGGGAGCUCGAAGGCCACACAGUCCUGGAACUGUCAAUAGCUAGAUUCACCUCCCGCGAAGAGCCAGCUGAGCAUAAAGCCAGCAGGAGGAAAGAGCCAGGAAAACCAAAGCCCUGCUGAACUGUUUGGAUCCCUAAGCCACAAAUUCCUGGUGUUCCAACCUGACUUUACGCUGGGAGUCCUGCCUGAGCGCCUGCACAUCCCUGCAGCCAGUCAGCCUCACACCUGGCAACCGGUCCUGCUUAACAUCUAAAUAGUUGGCUUGUAGCUUCUUCAUACCCUAACCCACGGUGAAACUGGGAACUUCCCACGUAGGGCGUUACUUGAGGUCAGCCAUUUUCCUAGCUUUAAACAGUUUUUAGUAACAACUUUUUGAGGGGAGGGUGCUGGGGAUUGAACCCAGGACUUUUACCCUGAGCUACUAGGCCUCUUCCUUCCUUCCCGUCUCCCGUUUUCUGUUGUGUUCUGUUUGUUCUCUUUCCCUUUCUGUCUCUUUCUGCUUCCUUCUUUCCUUCUCAUUCGAUAGGGUCUAACUAAAUUGUCCAGGCUGAGCUUGAAUCUGUGAUCCUCCUGCCUCAGCCCCCCAGAGUGCUGGGAUUGUAGAUGUGCAACACCAUGGCCAGCCAUAAUAGCUUCACUGAGAUAAAAUUUACCCACUUCAGGUGUACCAUUUAGCAGUGAUUAGACUAUCCACAGACUUAUGUAACCAUCCAUUUCAGAACAUUUUCAUCAUUCCAGAGAAAAACUGGGUACUUAGUUUCCUAGGGCUAUCAUAACUAAGUACAAUAAUCUGUUUGGUUUAAAACAACAAAUUAAGCUGACCAUGAUGGUGCAAGUGAUGGCCUUUAAUCCCAGCACUUGGGCAGCUGAGGCAGGAAAAUUGCUGUGAGUUCAAGCCAGCCUGAGUUACAUAUUAAGGCCUUAUCUAAAAAAAAGAAAAAAAUUAGCCAGGCAUUGUGGUACAGGCCUGUAAUCCCAGCAUUCAGGAGGCUGAGGCAGGAGGAUUGCCUACAAGCUCAGGGCCAGUCUGAACUACACAGCAAGACCCUGCCUCAAAAAAAAAAAAAAAAAAAAAAAAAAAAAAAAAAAAAAAUUACUUUUUUUCAAUUCUGGAAGCUGGAAAUUCAAAACCAAGACUCACGUGCCCUCCAGACACUGGACGUGAGUUCUUCCUUGCCCCGCUCUUAGUGUGUGUGGCUCCUCCUCGUUCUCCCUUUCACCUGCCUUCUUCCCUGAGUGCUCACUUCACUCAGCCUUCUUCUGUCCUAACCCAUCCCCCUGCUUCCAACAAGGUCACCUUUGCAGUUCCAGAGGACGUGGAAGGGAGGGGGACAUUGUGCAACACUGUUUGCCACCCAUCAGCUCCUCGAUUCUCCACAGCCCCCGGUCCUGCAGUAGCCAGGCUGUUUUCAGUCUCUAUGGGUUUACCUGUUCUGAACGUGAAAAUGGGGUAACACAGUAAGUGGUCUUCAUGUUCUUAAUUUGUUUAAUUAUAGGAGUAAUACAUGUUUGACAUAACUUAUCCUUAAUAUUUCUUAAAAUAAAUAAUUUUAGAUAGCAGGCAAGAGAGGCAAAGACACUUCUGCCCACACCCCAAGCUUUCUAAUAUUCUGCUUUUUAAUGUGAGUUUCUUUUCCCUGAACACAAAUCCCACAUUACAACAAUAAGGAUGCUCAAGCAGACAGGAGGCUUUAUGUAUUUCUUUUUGUGAGAUUUUUAAAAGAUAAAGAUCUAGCUGGGUAGGGGCUGGGGGUUUAGCUCAGCGGCAUAAGUACCUGCCUUGCAAGCAGGCAGUUGUGAGUUCAAUCCCUGGUACCAAUAAAAAUGAAAAAAAGACCAAAAAAAAUUAAAAAAAAAAAAAAAAAGAUCUCGCUGGGUGUAGUGGUGUAACCCUGGAAUCCUAGCACUCGGGAGGCAGAGGCAGGAGGACUGCGGGCCAGCCUGAAAUUCUGUCUCUAAGAUACAGGCAAACAAAAGUUAAAGAUCUGGAUGAGACUAUCAGAGAGUAGUAUCUUUUUGUUCCUAAAUUUUGUUUGUCAAAUUUACACCAAAAAAGCAAGGGAGGAAAGGAAGGGGGAGGGGAAAAAGAAUGAGACAGCAAGCAAACAGUCCCCCCACUGGCCCAGCUUGCUGUGCAUCGGAGGCUGGGCUGGAGUGGAAGGUGGAGGCUUUGUACAGCGCCUGUCCACAGCAAGAGCAGUCUGAUUGCACUGACUCCGUGUGCAGCUCUGCCCGACCCCUCUCUGCCUGCUGACCACCUGUCAAGAACAGUGUCAAGAACAAUGCGUCCUGCUACCUAUAUCUGCAAUGGGACAAAACACCACCGAUAACAGGACUCAGAGCGGGUGGAGCUGGAGGGCCUGCAGGACAGACACGGGACACCCACCUCGCAGGAGCCCGUGGAUUUAUUUUCCUCAAGUGCUGUGACGUGUCACACAUUGGUGAAAGGGCCCAGCAGGGUGAUGUCGGUAUAUGCUUGUUAAACACUUUGUUCUCCACCCCGCCCCUCCUGGCCAGGUCCGCACCCUGGAGACCAACAGCACCCUUGACCUGGGGUCCUGCCACUGUCAGGUAGCAGGGGAGGGGCCAGGUAGGGCCAGUCAGAAGGCCACGUGUGUCCCUACAGCUGAGGCCCAUGCUUGGCCCUUCAGACUUGUAAUGGUUUUAUCAUGGGUCCAUGCAUGUUCCAGGUCCACCCCAAUAAAAAAAUCUUUCUGACUCAAAACUAACAAAACCCCUACAUGACAGAAGUUUGAAAAAAACAGACUUCAGAAUGUGGACCAGAAACCCCUGGAGGCCAGACACUACAGCAGAUCCACUUCAACCUCUGCCUGUUUUCUCAAGAGCUAGAGGUGAUGUUUAAACACCUAUGUCCUAUUUUAUACUUUUAAAGUCCAACUUCACGCAUACCUACAAUCCCACUGCUCAAGCAGAAAGAAUUUUUUAAAAUGUAGACAUAUUUCUGUGCGUCAAGGUCAUAUCUCUGCAGUGUGGCCAGGUUCUCUAAUUUCAUACAUUUAACUAGCUCAUACGCUUUACCUGUGUGUGUGCAGCACUGACUUCGAACCCAGGGCCUCGCACAUGGUAGGCAAGCACUGUAACACUGAGCUGUGUCCCAGAGCUUUUUAUUCAGGGUCUCCACCUAAAUUAAAUUUUGGCUCCUUCAAAAGAGGGAACCUGAGCCUUCCUGGGAGCCAGCCGGUGUGUGAGGUAGGAGACAAGACCCCUUCCCCCAGCAACCAGCUGUUUCAAAUGAUAGCACUGAAGUAAAAAAACUAAAUGCUUGUAUCAUUUGAUGGACUUUGCAGGUCUAAAGCUGGUAGUCUGAGCAUCUAUUGGGAGGGUAACAGUAUGCAGUACAGCAAGUAUGAGGCAUUUCCUUCUGUCUUGCUUUUGAAAUCCAAUAUUGUUCUCAGUGUUUUGUUUUGUUUUAUUCUCUUUAAAAUAAAUUUUUAAAAAAUAAGAAGGAGGGGACUCUGUCACCUGAGCCAUUUUGCGCUGAGCCGUGCACGUGGCACUACUUCAGCCGGCUCACAAGAAGGUGUCGCACUGGGUUUUUCUUGGUUCUGGUUGGUUGGUUUUUGAGGUGGCCUCACUGUGAAGUCCAGGCUGGCUCCAGGGCUGAGCCGAGCGGGCCGAGCGGUGUGCUGUGUGCAGGAGGCCAUCCUGACACCCUCGGUCGCAGGUGUUCGCCCUGGGGGCCUUAGCCGGUCACUGAGCUCUGACUCACACGGCCUCUGCGUGCUCACUGUGUUCAGUAAACAUCUUUCAGGAGAGACACUUUGCGUUCUCAUUAGUUCCACACUGAUGCACCAAGGAAGCUACUGUUUGGUCAGUUAAAAAACUCAGCCAGUCCAAAGCCAGCACGUAGCCAAAUACUAACCACAUAUUCGCUUGUCCUUUACCCCGAGGAAACAGGUAAGCUGUGGAGCUGUUUAUCAAAUAAAUAGAAUAAAGGUCAAAGUAAAUAUAA